GGGGGUCGGUCACCUAGCCCGAAAUUUCAAUCAGCGAAUACAAAAUACGGCCAUAGCAAGCACGCUCUUCCCUUGCGAAGCGAAAAAGCAGCCAUCAUACGAAAUCUCUCCCUGAAUUGAGCAGACUUGGCUACUUACCCAAUAGCGUUCCCAAUUUUCCAACCAUUAAGUAUAUACCGCUAGUCUUGUGGCAUUUAUCAUGCCGAAAAGGAAGUCGACAGCAGGGGCCGAGCCAAAGUCAGCACCACGGCGCUCGCUGCGGAACAGUUUGGCGUCAGCACCCGCCGCGCAAGAAGACGCGACGCCGGUGAAAACAGCGUCCAAGCCAGUGAAAAGGGCUGCUGGCCCAUCACCCGCAGCAGCAAAACCCAAAAAGCCGGUCGUCGCCGAAGCAAAUAAAAUAACAAUUCGGAAGUCUGCUCAGAAAGAUACUUUAGAGAAAAACAAGAAAGCAGACCCUGACGAGACUGAAUCUGAACCUCAGGCCGAAUCUGAGCCUGAGGCCGAAUUUGAGUCUGAGUGCGAGUCUGAACCCGAGGCCGAAUCCGAAGCCAAGUCUGAACCACAGGCAAAGAGGACGCGCUUGGCAGUUAAAGCUCCUGUAGCCAAGGCUAAGACGGCUGCCCUAGCUGCGGCGCCCAAGUCAUCAGAUGGUAAGAACUUCUGGCUGAUGAAAGCCGAGCCCGAGUCGCGGAUCGAGAAGGGCAUCGACGUGCGGUUCUCCAUAGACGACCUCGCGGCUAAGAAGAAGCCUGAGCCCUGGGAUGGCAUCCGAUCGUAUCCGGCUCGCAACAACCUGCGCGCUAUGAAGAAGGGCGACCUAGCUUUCUUCUACCACUCCAACUGCAAGGAGCCGGGCAUUGUAGGCGUCAUGGAGAUUGUGAAAGAACACACGCCUGACUUAACCGCCCACGAUCCCAAGCAGCCAUAUUACGACGCCAAGUCGGACCCGGCGGACCCGAAAUGGAGCGUUGUGCACGUCGAGUUCCGCAGCAAGUUCGUCGUGCCCAUCGGGCUCAAGGAAUUGCGAGAAAUGGGCGAGGCCGGCAAGCCGCUCGCGAACAUGCAGAUGCUCAAGCAGACGCGGCUUAGCGUGAGCAAGGUCACGGCUGAAGAGUGGCAAUACAUCAUUGGUGUCGCCAAGGACAAAGUGGCAGGAAAAUAAAUACCUAUAACGGGUAAAUAAAUUCACGGUUGCGCCGCGUCUGUACAGCUCUGUAAUUGUAAUAUCACGUAGACUUCUUGGAGUGGUCCCUUUUGAGGGCGCGGGCAAAGUAGGGCAAGUAAUAGCGUGUUGAGCAAUGUCCAU